AGUACCCGCUCCCCACCUCCCCAAAGUCUCUGGUCAUCCCUGUGCUGUCCGCAGUCUCUGGUCAUCCCUGUGCUGUCCGCAGUCUCUGGUCAUCCCUGUGCUGUCCGCAGUCUCUGGUCAUCCCUGUGCUGUCCGCAGUCUCUGGUCAUCCCUGUGCUGUCCGCAGUCUCUGGUCAUCCCUGUGCUGUCCGCAGUCUCUGGUCAUCCCUGUGCUGUCCGCAGUCUCUGGUCAUCUCCUGUACUGUGUCUGCAGUC